CAUAGAUGAAGGAAGAAGUCAUUGUGAUGAAAUUGACCACCACCUCCAAAAUAGGGUAACUGCCUUUCAAUUUCUUCUCCCACCCGUCGCUUAAGAUCCUCUCCCCAACACUAUUCUUCUCCCUCCGACUCCAGCCGCCUAGCCCCUCUUCUUACCCCUUCAUUAUCGAAAAGAAGCAGAGGAUCUAGCGAGCCAAUCAUCUGCCUCAUUCAGAUCUGUUGGCCGCUUCAUCUUCUCUGGCGAGCCAAUCAUCUACCCCAAUCAGAUCUGUAAAGUAUAGACUCAUCGCGUUGGCCGCUUCAUCUACAUGUCUCUUGGGCUCGAUUUGGUUCCAAUUGAAAGAGGGGAUUUUUGAGAACUGGGUUUAAAAGCAGCGGAGGAAGAAGAAUAGAGAUUGAGGAUGCGGCGGAGCUAGAGGAAGAGGUGCAAAGAUGGAUUGUUGAUGGCGGGUCAAUAAGUUAGGUUAGGGUUUGAGUCAUUGGUUGGGCUGAAUUACCUGAUGUGGCAGAUAAUAUUUUUUAAUUUUUGGGGUUAAAUUUGGUGACUAGACUUUUCUGUUAGCCACGUCAUCAAAAAGUUGACGUCGCUGACGGAGACUAACGGAGAGUGACCAAACUUGGACUGUUUUACUAAUUUUAGUGACUACGAAUGGAUUUAAAUAUUUCAAGUGACUAAAUUUGAACGUUUUUUGUAAUCACAAUGACCACCCAUGCAAUUAACCCAAAAAGAAAUAAGAAAGACAAAUUAAUCAUAAAGUGAAAAUCCAUAAUCAGUUCCCACAUAAAAUAUUCCACGAAUUUGUUACCCCUAAAUACUUCGGGGGUCGUUUGGAUGAGUUAUUGCUACGAGUUAUUUGGUACCAAAUAACUCAGAGGAAUUUUACAAUGCUAUAUAGCAUUGAUGCUAUAGGUUUUUCUUUUUAUGGUACAACUUGAAGUUGUAUCUUUAACGUUAUGGUACAACUUCAUAUUGUACCUAUACUCUUUUGUCAAAUUGUUUUAUGGUACAACUUAAACUUGUACUUUCAUUUGAUGGUACAAGUUGAAGUUAUAAAGUUGUACCAUAAGAUAAGAGCACAAAUUCCUUUAUGGUACAACCUGAACUUAUACAUUUAACAUUAUGGUACAACUUUAAGUUGUACAUUAAAGCACCAAUACUUUAUAGCAUAGUAGAAGUGCUCAAUAACUCCUUGUGAGUUAUUCGGUAUCAAAUAACUUGUUUGGCAUAACAAAAAUUGGAUGUGGUAUUUGGGCAUGAGUUAUUCCGAAAUCACUCAAAAGCGAGUUAUUGAAAAUAAUAGGGGGUACCCAGUUAUUUCUCAAUAACGCGUUUUGCGUUAAAAGCACCCUAUUCUGCCCCCAAUCUCUCUCCUCUCUCAUCUCUUCUCUUGUCCCUUUUCCUUCUUUCUCUUUUACGCUUCUUCUCCUCUUCUUUGAUUCUUCAGCCCCAAAUCAAAAUCCAUUGCGCGGCGGAGGUUUCUUCUGCAACCUUUGAAUUCCAUUCUUUAUGCAGAUCAGUUUGAGUAGGCUGAAGCCUAGGUUGCGGCGGUGAGCAAAGGUUUCUCUGGCGGUGGCGAUUCCUUCUAUGGCGGUGGCAAAGAAAGGCUUAUCUGGCGACGGCGACAGUAGGAAGAACUGUCCUGCGAUUCCUCUCCUUCUCGUUCCUCCUCUUGCAGUUCACCUCGAUCGCGGCGGCGUUGACUCCUUCUCUGGCAGCGUCAACGGCAAGGAGAACCAUCCUGCGAUUCCUUCCCUCUUCUCGUUCCUCCUCUUGCAGUCCGCCUCGAUCGAUUCCUCUCACUCUUCUCGUUCCUUCUCUAACGGCAGCGGCGACGGUGGGGAGACUUGUAUACUGAUUUAUUAUCUGGUAAUUUUGCGGGAGAUGGGUUGGUAAGUGUUUGGGAAGAGCUUAGCGGUGACAAGGUAAUUUGCAGGAGGCUGGUAUGGACUCGAUUAUUUCUUUCCCUUUCUUUGUUAGCCAAUUCGCCGGCUUCCCCUCUUAACGCAAUCAAUGAAAUUGUUCAUGCAAUCUUUCCCUUCAAUUUUGCUCUAUUUUGUCCAAUCCCUAAUAGAUUCCACCCUCUGACCAUUCCUUUAUAGUGCAUGCGAAUUCUUCCUUUCAUUAAUUGAACUUUGGUGUUGUAGGAUCAAACUGGUAUCUCUUCGACUCUUCCUCACUAGAGACUAGGGAUGGCAACAAAACCCGAACCCACGGGUACCCACCCGACCUAACCCGGUCAACGCGGGUAAAAUCCGUGUUGACGGGUUUUGGGCCGGGUUUGGGUUUAAACCCGUUCACUAUUCACCGGGUUGGGUUGGGUUUGGGUUUAGGUAAACCCGACCCAUGGGUACCCGACUACACCGAUAUAAUAAAAUUUUCGGUAUAUUUAAUAUUUUAAACAACUAAUCUUAUUUAUGUUUGUGGAGACAUGUCUAAUUUUUUCUUUCAAAUUGUGUAGAAUGAAGUUGAUGUUAUCUAGUGGAGAGUGAAGAAACUUAAUUGAAAGGAAGAAGCUUUCAAUUAAUCAUGUUAUUUAUGGAUAAUUUGUGAUUUGCUUCAAUUUUCUUGAGUUUUCUAGAUUGGUGUUGAAAAUUUUGUAUAGUUAAUUUGUGAUUUGCUUGAAUUUUCUAGAAUGGUGUUUUAAAUAUGGAUAACUUGUAUGAAGAGAUUGAUAUUUGACUUUAAUUUUGAUAGGUUGUAAAUUUUUUACGACAAAACCCGUGGGUACCCAUGAACCUGCGGAUACCCAGCGGGUUGGGUUGGGUUUGAGUUUUUCAAACCCAGUGGGUUUUACCCCGGGUUUUUUUCACGGAUAAACCCAUGGGUUUGGGUUUGGCAAAACCCGACCCAACCCGACCCAUUGCCAUCCUACUAGAGACUGGGUAGUGGUUGUGAUCGAUUGAUGAUAAAAAAAUUAAUUCCAGGAAGAAGGGCAAUGCAAGAAGGGCAAUGAAGUAUUUUUGGUUUGUUUUAUGAAAUACCACACACAAUUAACUCUUUCAUGCAAACAACACAAUUAAAAUUAAAAUACCAU